AUAAAUCUCUUCAAAUAAAUGUCCUUUGGAAAAUCGUAUAAUUUAAAAUUUGCUUUGUUACCGACAAGUAAAAACACAUAGUACAAUAACAGUAAGUAAAUGGAAAAAAUUGUAUAAUACAGUCUACAAUACGGUCUACAUUUAAUACGCCAAGAAGAGUUUGUUUCCACGAUUUUCAACAGUUUACUUUCUUGUUGUAUUUCCUUUGAAGCGGAUGACAGCCGGAAGAAAACGCGCCAACACCAAAAGCGAACCGUAUCAACCGAUUUUAAAUAUGUAUAAUGUAACUAAUUUAAACAGUUAAUCGACUGACUCGUCAGCCGAAUAUAAUAUAAUUAAUUAUCAAACAUGGCUGAUUAUCUUAUAAGCCAACUUUAGCCUGGCAAGUCACCGCGAUAGUAUGAAAUAAUUAAAUUGACAGAUCUGUGAAUGGAGUUCGUCACAGUAUCAUCUUGGGGUCGUGGGAAGCUAUUUAGCCAGAGAGUUACGGUAUUUAUGCAACUUCCGGGGCGGACUUUUUACGUAACACACCUUGCGGGCACCGUAGCGCACAUGAUGCCGGUUGGACGCAGGACGGAUUCAAACCUUUACCCCUGAACAGUUUGUUUCCUUUUACCAACAACAACAUGUCCGCCUGCGCCGCUGUUUCCAAACUUUUGCGGCUGUUUGUGUUCAGAGGACAGUUCUGCGGCGGGAGGACCUGCGGUGUCACACGCACAGCGGUCCGUGCGUGGUCGCGCACAGCCACUCGUUCCCAGUUCCCCAGGGCGGAGGGCACCGCUCUGACCGGCAGAGUGGACCGAUACGGCGGCGUCACCGUGAACCUGGCCGACGCCGGACUCCCCGCGGACGUCAGCGAAAGUUUCUUCGGCGGAUUACUGCGAGAUGCCUUGGUCCGGUGGAGAGCUGAGGGGAAGGUGGCGGUGUGGCUCCGAGUUCCCAUCGCGCUGAGCCGAUGCGCCGCCGCCGCCGCGACCCACGGCUUCGCCUUCCACCACGCCAGGCGCGACCACGCCGUCCUGGCCCUGUGGCUGGGAGAGGGCGAGAGCAGGCUGCCGGGGUUUGCGACUCACCAAGUCGGAGUGGCAGGAGGAGGGAGGCCCGUCGCCCGCUUCGCCCCGGACGGACGCGAGCGGCCGGAGCAGAGAGCGUGGCCCCCGUGUGAGCCGGCGGCACAUCGCCGCGUCUCUGAGUCACCGCCCGCUGUGCAGUCGUCGAUGAGUCCAAUGGAAAGGUUCUUGUGGUCCAAGACAGAAACAAGACGAAGAACGCCUGGAAGUUCCCCGGCGGUCUGUCUGAUCCAGGAGAGAACAUCGGUGCCACUGCUGUACGCGAAGUGUUCGAGGAAACCGGCGUGCGCUCCGAGUUCCGGUCGCUGCUCAGCAUCCGGCAGCAGCACGACCACCCCGGCGCCUUCGGCAUGUCGGACAUGUACGUCAUCUGCCGGCUCCGCCCGCUCACCUACGACAUCGACUUCUGCACGCAGGAGUGUCUGCGCUGCGAGUGGCUGCCGCUCGGCGAGCUCGCCCGGACCGCCGACACCACGCCCAUCACGUCUCGCGUGGCCGCGCUCCUGCUCCGCGGCCUCGAGCGCGGCUUCGAGCACAUCGACCUCGCCAUGGAGGAGCUGCCCGCCGUCUACUCGGGGAGGUUCUACCAGCUCUACCACAGGCAGCUCGGCCCAACACUGCACAGUGCUGACGCGCCAUCGUCAAACUGAUGGGCGUUAUUAUUUAUCGCAGCUGGGGCCGCGUGCGGACACGCGGUCGUCAGUAUUAUUCAAUAUUUAAAGCGUAUUUAUGACUGGAGUGAUUCACACACACCCAACACAAUGGUGCAAUAGGUCGUGAACUAACGCACGUUCUCUUUGUGCGUUCACCCCGGUGGCACCUCGGCGACCGCAGAGUCUCAGACGGUUCAUUUAACACUCGAUGGCGGCCAUGUUGGAAAGCGCACGGCCGUUUGGAAACGCUGGCUGUGGGCAGCUGACUCUCUGUCUUUUUGACCCGGAAUGAAUUAAUACUGCCACAAUCAAUGCUGAGUUUACCUCAUUUAUAGCUCGUUGACUAGUUAAUUAUGUAAAUUGAUUAAUACAUUAGAAAUUAGUUAAUGUGAUAUCACUGUUUUAAAAAAAAAAAAAAAAAAAGGACAAACCAUGUUUUUGUCCAAGGAACCUGCCUCUCGUUGAAUCACCAUCAUCCGUCACAACAUUUAUAUACAUUAUGCUCCGUCAGGGCAUGUUGCAGGACAAAAAGGGGGAUGACAAUUUUAGCAGGAAAUAAAGACAAGCCCAAGAAAACCUACAACAAUAAAGUUUAGCGAGUGGAAAUACUGACUAGUGUAGAUGUUUGUUUUGUUUGUUUGUUUGCUGUGUUUAGGUUUUGUCGAAUAAAAAUUUGUGUAACAAGAUCAAAAGCCGAGUUUCUGAGCGGCCUCGUGUUGGAGACCUCUUUUUUUUUUUAUUUUCCUGCUUUCUGAGAAGGUUGCUGCUGUGAUUCCUCAGCAGCUUCUGUCAAGAAAACAAGAAAACCUCGUGCUGUUGAGGUGCCCAUGAGCAAGGCACUUGGCUCCAGUUGCGCUGGUGGUUGUUGGUGUCGCCGCGAAACGGAGCCUGGUGCGAAUGAAUGUGUGCAGCCCGUUUGAAAGCAAAGCUGAAUGAGAGUAGACAAAAGCUUGAGAUCAGCACGUAAUAAAUAACCGUAUAAGGUCGGAACAGUUGGAAAAAGGGGUCACAGCUGUUUUUCGGGGGCAACGCUCUUCGCUGCCAUCACAUCUUCAUCAAUUUUUUUUUUGUUUGCCGACCUUGAAUAUCUCCCGGAUCACAGUCCCCAGACUAGCACUUGGUGGACAUCGGCAGGAAGAGAAUGGCCUUCUGCCCCGGGCUGGUUUUGCUGCCGGACUUGUACUGGCCCGUGCGCUUCAGCGCCACGUACAUGUUGGGGUACUUCCUGGAGCGAUAGGUGUUGUAGUUGUUGCUCUCGAGCCGCUCCAGGAAGUGGCAUUCGUCCGUCGCCCGUCUCUGCAGAGGAGGACACCAGGGGGAAGUAACGCAUGAGGGGAGUUAAUUAGAUGUUAACAGGCGACUUCAUUCCUCAGAGCCGGGAGGAUGGGAUCCGCUGCCAAAACACGGACAUUAUCCUUCAACAACUGUGAGACUAUCCUGUAAUAUGAGGAAUGGCAGAGCUGCUACUUAUUUAUAGUUUCCACAGCAAAUGGAAACUAAAUAGUCAUUUAGUCAUUAGUCUGUACUUUAAAUAUGAAUAUGAUUUAAAGUUGUGUUUCGUUCCUCAGUGUUAAUCUCUCAUACAUCUGGUUUCUUGUGGUGGCAUUUCAUCAAAAAGGUUAUUUAGCCUGGAUGACGUUUUAUUGAAUUUGUUAAAUUAACUGUUUGAGGAGGUCAUUCGUAACGCCGACAUUUUUAUAACAUUAAAUUACCAUGUAAAACUGAAUGCCACCUCUACUUUAAAGGAGACUGUUGGUCUAUUGCUCAGUAUUUAACGAAAAUACAGAAAACUUUUUGACAUUGUCAAAGCUCUGGUCAUGUUUUAUUAUGGUUUUUUUUAAUCUUGGUUCAGUUUCAUUGAAUCGUGAUCGGACAUUGAACCCAGAGAUAAAUGGACUGAAACUAAAAUGUGAAGACGUGAGCCAACCAGACGAGUGAGAACAAACGUGCAUGUGAUUGGGGAAUAUGAAACGUCAUGAUUUGAAUAUGGCAUAACGUGAAGAUCGGAGCUCUCGUUGCCGUCACGUCUUUACACAAGCUCCUCUGUAAACAUCAAAACAUUAAUUACACAGCGUCUGGCAAUAAAAAGAACACUCAGUGUCUCGCUGGGCGUUAGCGGCUCUACACCCUCUGUCCGACAAGAGGCCUUUGUUUCCGUCUCUGUUUCUCGUUGACCGCGACGACACGGAGCUGUGAAGUCCAUUAGUCAGAUGACUAUUCUUUUUCUUAAUUUGCCAAAACUACUCAGGACCACUUUGCUUCAUUCAUUAUCCGAGAGCAGCAGCUGCCAACAGACGAUAAUUCUACCUCGUAUGAAAAUAAGCAGCAGUGCAGAUGCAGUGGAGGUGCUUUUUAAAAAUUGAUUUGAUUAAGUUAUCAAAGUUGCCGUGACGUUAUAAUGUUGUAUUACAUUUUUUUUUUUUUUUUAAGCUUUAGGAUGGAAUAAAUAUUGAAACAAAGUUCAAACUUGUACGAGCAGAAUUCAAUUAAUACUAUUUUCUCCUCUGUGAUGUUUAUCAAGCAUAUUAAUAAAACUGGAAAUAUUCA